AUGGCUCUAUUGCGUUACCAGUUUCUCCAUGGAGCUGUGAACUUGGAUGGAGCACACUUGAGAUCCUUCCAGGUUCCUCAGGUCAGCGUGUGCCCCUUCAACGCUUCAGGUGGAAAAGAGGAUCCAUCCUAUUUUACGUUGGACUCGACAGGGCAAGUCAGGCAAUCUCUCGAAAUCUCAGCUCAGACUCAUAUAUGGGCUCUCUGAAAGGCACAGGUCCAAAUACAGAAAACCAGUGUUCAAACCCCUGACACGGACGGCAAUCCUGACAGUCCUCUGCAAUCUUCCCACUCAUACUCGCAACAUUUGCACAGUUUGUCUUUAUCCGCACCCUCCUGCUCAGAAUCUGACAAUAAGCAUCUCACCCAUUACUUGGCUCUUGACAGCAGUAAAUGCCCAAGCCAGUGGAGUGAAAGCAGCACCGACAGAAGCCUCAUUACCACACUGAGCAUCAGUCAGAAAAACAGAGAUGACACAGAGCCAAAUAAUUCUCGGAGACUUUACCGGUAGCGGUAAAACUCUCAGAAAGUGGGUAGACAAGUGACAAAAGAUAAAAACGUAACUUUAGAAGACGCUGCAAGUGGCUGGCUGUCGACGAAAGUUGGAAGGAAGAAGCGAUGUCCUUACAGCAAACACCAAAUCUUAGAGCUGGAAAAAGAAUUCCUAUUCAACAUGUACCUGACUCGCGAGCGCCGCCUGGAGAUAUACCGGAGCCUAAAUCUCACCGACCGCCAGGUUAAAAUCUGGUUUCAGAAUCGCAGGAUGAAACUGAAAAAAAUGACGAGAGAGCAUAGCACAAGGGACCCUGGCAACAAUUUCACUCUCUAGUCAGUUCUGUAAGACGGAGAAAGAAGAUCGAACUAUGCGCACAAAUCAUUGCAGCCAUCAUCAGUUGCAAGUGGAAUAAUGCCUCUGUUGGAUUAACAGGAAGAAACAUUCAGUCAAAUUUGACUACGACGGUUCACAAUCUGUGCUUUAUAAGGCUAAUGUAACGGAGAUAAAUUAGCCAGUACAUCGCAUGAAGAACAGAAUAACGUCAUAAGAAGAUAAGCCUGUUUGGUCGCUCAGUGUAAGCUACAAGUCCAGGAGCACUUUAUUUAAGUUCUGGCGAACCUUUUUUAAAGACUUAACAUUUUUUUAAUUUUCGAUAUCUGACCCAGAUUUUUGAGGAUGAUUGUUUACAGCAUAUGAGUGUUACUAUGGUUUGGGUUUAUCACAUAGUGCCUAAUUUUAUAUUUUAAGUAACAUAUAAUUUUGUCUGACAGUCUAACAUCCCAAGUAAAUAAAAUAUCUUUAAGUGAAUCCAUUAUCAGAGGAACGAAUUUUACAUAUGAAAUAAGGCGGUUGUGUUUUUUGUCUGGUCUUGAUAUUGGCGAAGAGGCACAGAUUUUCUGAUGAUGCAUGGUUUAAUAUACUAACAGACUUUCUCUGACUAAUUACUGUGUUUGAAAAUGUGUGCAUUUUAAAUAAAAGAUUGCUUUACGUAAUAAUUUCAAGUUUAUUCGGUAUAAUAAGAGCAUUACGACCUUGAAAAUCUGUCAGAACUACCUGAAUUACUAUAAUUAUGGCUUAGAUCUGCAAUGUUUUGGUUGUAUGAGAAACGUUUUUUAGUAUAAAAGGACGUUGUGAGCAUUUGAGGUUUGCAUUGGAUCAUUAGACCUACUUAUCUUCUAAAUA